GUAAAUUUAACAAAGAUUUCUUAUAAUGGUGCUAGUAAAAAUUAUUUAUGGUCCUUAUGAGGCGAAUGGUAUUAUUCGACAUAAAAAACAAAGAUUAUGGGGACUUACAAAUGAGUUAAAGAAGCUAGGUUAUAUUGUAGAAUUCGAAUGUACACCACAGUACGGACGGUUAAUAAUACAAAUGUUAAAUCAAAUCAUAUUUCAAUGUAAUAUAACAAAUUUAAGAUUUAAUUGUUUAUAUGAAGAUGAUGUAAUUUGUCAACGCAUAAUUAAGGCUGUUAUGGAAGCAGAAACCAGAUUGUAUUCAAAGACAAAUAUGGAAAAAAUUCGAGAAAUUAUACCAAAAGAAGUUCAAUUAGAUGCAAAAUCAGAUGAAUCUGUAGUGAAAAUGAUUGAAGAUUAUUUACCAGAUUUAUGUUAUAAUUCAUGGGAUUUUGGUAAACAAGACAAAGUGGGUGCUGGAAUGGUUUAUCAAUAUCGUACAUCAACCCCCUCAAACAACAAUUAA